ACCAUCGUGGCCACUGGCAUUUCAUACGGGGUUGAUUUUGAGAAGAAAUACAAUGCAGGGAUCGUGAAAUCCAUUCCUAGAGGGUUUUUGCCUCCUCAGCCUCCAGCUGUGGAAAUGUUCGGAGACAUGCUGGCCUCAUCUUUCUCCAUCGCGAUUGUGGCUUAUGCGAUUGCUGUCUCGGUGGGAAAAGUCUACGCCACCAAGUACGAUUAUGCCAUCAAUGGAAACCAGGAAUUUAUCGCCUUUGGAAUCAGCAAUAUUUUUUCAGGAGCUUUUUCCUGUUUCGCCGCAACCACCGCCCUGUCUCGCACUGCGGUCCAAGAAAGUACAGGUGGAAAAACUCAGGUUGCUGGUAUAAUCUCAGCAUUUAUUGUAUUAAUUGCUAUUGUAGCUUUGGGGAAGCUGCUGGAACCUCUGCAAAAGUCUGUUUUGGCAGCUGUGGUCAUUGCGAACCUGAAAGGGAUGUUCAUGCAAGUUUGCGAUGUCCCUCGUUUGUGGAGGCAGAGCAAAGCAGAUGCUGUGAGUCCCGUUUUUCUUCAAAGAAUGGAGC